GCAGCGAUGUUGUCGGCAGGAAGAAAGGUCGGGUCGUGCAAGGGUUGUGCUCUGUGCAAGGACCCCCUUUUCUACUUAGGUUGUGCGCAAGUUGGCAGCCAAGGCGAAGUGGAUCACAGGAGCAGCUGCAGAAAGGCUCGUUGCCGUGGGUUCAGCGAUAACGCCGGCCAGUCCAUGCGCUGGUGCAGUGGGCUAGGGGGGGCAGCUCCAUAUCGGCACCUGGGUGUGGGCACUCCCUUCACACCCUCUGCCCAUCAUUGCUACUGCCAGAAAUGGGAAAGCAGCUCGACACCGCACCAGCUUUGGUAUCACUGCCAGGAAGUUGCUGCUAGCCGUUCCCCAUCAGAAUGCCCCCAAGAUACAGGCAUCUUUUUGUUCCAUAAGAACCAGACCCAGGCCUUACACAGGGCCUUAGCCCGUCCAGACUCUAAAUGGCAAAGUCUUAGUGCCACCCCCAAACAUUCUUGGUUUUCUCGAACCGAAUCAAGAGGUUACAGCCGAUAUGUAGCUGGCCAACAUUGCGCUGCUCUACCCUGGUGGUGGUCCCCCUGCCAUGCUCCCUUUGCUCCUACGGUCAGGAUCGGUGCUCACAGUUAUCGAACAACAAGUCUCCCAGCAGGGGCUGAGCAGCAUGUAGUGGAUCUGCGCAGCGACACAGUGACUCGGCCCAGCCCUGAGAUGAGACAAGCUAUGGCUCAGGCAGAAGUAGGUGACGAUGACUACGGGGAAGACCCCACGGUCAACGAACUGCAAAGUGUGGCUGCUGACCUCCUGGGGAAAGAAGAGGCAUUAUUAGUACCCACCGCCACCAUGGCUAACCUUAUUGCUGUCAUGUGUCACUGUCGCAGACGAGGAGCACAGCUCCUGCUUGGGAAAGAGGCACACAUCCAUGUGUUUGAGCACGGAGGGGUUGCACAGGUGGCUGGAGUCCAUUCAGAGACAUUGCAGGACCUGCCAAAUGGGACCAUCAAUCUUGAUGAACUGGAGCGUAAGAUCCAGCAGAGCUAUAGAAGUCAGUACCAUCCCCGGCCUGAGCUUAUCUGCCUUGAGAACACACAUUGCUCAGCAGGGGGACGGGUCCUUCCCCUUCAGUACCUGAAAGAGAUUUGUCACCUUGCCCAGCAGUAUGGGUUGAAGAUACAUCUGGAUGGAGCCCGGGUGCUUAAUGCCGCAGUGGCACUGGGAGUGCUGCCCAAUCGGAUCACCCAGUACUGUGAUUCUGUCUCCCUGUGUCUCUCUAAGGGUGUGGGUGCACCAGUUGGGGCCCUGCUAGCUGGACGCAAAGAAUUCAUUGUUGAGGCCUGGCGUGUGCGGAAGCUUCUUGGAGGUGGGAUGCGCCAGGCGGGGGUCCUGGCAGCGGCUGCCCUGGUAGGAUUGAGACACAUGGAGGAAACACUGCAGAGGGAUCACAUCAAUGCCAGAAGCUUUGCCCAAGGAGUCCACAGCCUCGCAUCCCCUCUCUGCUCAGUGAACCCAGACAGCGUGGAGACCAAUAUCGUCAUGAUGUCAGUGUCGGCACCUUGGCUGGCUCCUGCAAAACUGUGUGAGCUCAUGGAGGCUGUGAGUGCAGAGGAAGUUGCUGCCACAGGCCAAGCCAUUAGCGUGCGGCUUUUCCCAUGGGGCGAGCGCUCCCUGCGUGCUGUCUGGCACUGCGAUGUCUCUGCUCAUGACACACAGUUGGCUGAGAGCAAGUUGCGCUUUGUAUUGAACAAGUGUGAGCAGGAACAUGUGCGUGAAUGCUGAAGCCAGAUGUAAACUCGCCUUUUGCAUUUCUGAACCUCGGAGUGGAAGCCUGCGAUUGGUCCGUGGUGGCCUGGCUACAGGAGGUAAGAGGCCAUAUAAUACACCAGCACAGGCCCUAAGAAAAGGAGUUCAGGCUCCUGUUGUGGCUUAGCGACUCUUUCAUCCUUGUUAGAACUGUUGUCGGGUGCUCAGCUGAAUCAGCCCAUGACAAAGAGAUGACAGCCUCUUUUUGCUGACCUAAAUAAUCUCUUCCAGACGAAACGUCAAAAGCUUUCCACAGAAGGUGUUCUGUUCACUGCUCCCCUGGCAAGCAACUUGGGUCCACUUAGUCUUGCUUCCUUAUGACGGUGAAGCAGGGCUUUGUCUCUCAUCAACCCUAUUUAGGGACAUCCUUCCAGCUGCGGCCUUUUGUAAACCACUCUAGUAGUUGCAUUGUUCGUGGAGGAGUCCAAUUUCGACAGCGCAGAUGGGGCUCACACACACUGCGCCACUCAGUUCAUGGGAACUUCUGGAAGCAGCAUCACCAGGUGGCUUUAGGGCACGUGGGCUGGAUUUGCUUCCACCAGCCUACUGUGUUGUUGCACCUUAUGGACGCUUCUCAAAAGCCACGAAGCAGAGUGCUGUAAGCAGUGCCUGUUUUAGUUUUGGAUGAAUUACUGGGCUACUCCAUCAAAACUAGUGAUGGCCUUUAGAUGGUUUUAAAGAGGGAAUUAAACAACUUUGUGGCUAUUAGUCAGGAGGGCUAAUUGGAACCUCCAUGGCUGGAGGCAGUAUACCUAUACAUAUCAGUUGCUGGGAGGGGAAGCAGCAAGAGAUUACUCCUGCCUCCAUGCCCUGCUGUGGGCUUUUCUGGUUGGGUGUUGUGGAAGACAGGCAUGACGGAUUCAGAUGUCCUGCCACUGGGCUGAUCCAGCAGGGCUCUCGUAUUUUAUAAUACUUAAGUGAUUUUAAUUUCUGUU